CAGCAAGGACUGUUCUGACAGCCAGUACUCACUGGCCCUCCUCCCUGACCGCUGGUGGCUCUCACAGAAAGCCACCUGGGCGCAACGCGGUGCGGACCCAGCACGCUGGGCCGGGGGCUGCAGCAUGGACUGCAGAGAAAACGCCCCCUUACUUGGCCUACACUGCGACUGCGGCGGCGGCACCGCUGUGCCCAGCCCUGGGGACAGAAGAAUCACAGCACUGCCCUGGAAGAUCCCUCCCGCUGGCGGGGCGCCAGAUUUGGACACAACUCUUGAGGUCUGUGGCCUGAAAGGUGCUAGAAGCAGAGCCUGUGAUUGUGGCCUGGGACUCCAGAGUCCGAAACCCACUGCCACCAUGGUGGGAAAAGGUGCCAAAGGGAUGCUGAAUGGUGCUGUGCCCAGCGAGGCCACCAAGAGGGACCAGAACCUCAAACGGGGCAACUGGGGCAACCAGAUCGAGUUUGUACUGACGAGCGUGGGCUAUGCCGUGGGCCUGGGCAAUGUCUGGCGCUUCCCAUACCUCUGCUAUCGCAACGGGGGAGGCGCCUUCAUGUUUCCCUACUUCAUCAUGCUGAUAUUCUGCGGGAUCCCUCUCUUCUUCAUGGAGCUCUCCUUCGGCCAGUUUGCAAGUCAGGGCUGCUUGGGGGUCUGGAGGAUCAGCCCCAUGUUCAAAGGUGUGGGCUACGGCAUGAUGGUGGUGUCUACGUACAUCGGCAUCUACUACAAUGUGGUCAUCUGCAUCGCCUUCUACUACUUCUUCUCGUCCAUGACGAACGUGCUGCCCUGGACCUACUGCAACAACCCGUGGAACUCCCCCGACUGCGCCGGUGUGCUGGACGCCUCCAACCUCACCAAUGGCUCCCAGCCUGCCUCCCUGCCCAGCAACCUUUCCCACCUGCUCAACCGCACCCUCCAGAGGACCAGCCCCAGCGAGGAGUAUUGGAGGCUGUACGUGCUGAAGCUGUCCGACGACAUCGGGAACUUCGGGGAGGUGAGGCUGCCCCUCCUCGGCUGCCUCUGUGUCUCCUGGGUGGUCGUGUUCCUCUGCCUCAUCCGAGGGGUCAAGUCUUCAGGGAAAGUGGUGUACUUCACGGCCACAUUUCCCUACGUGGUGCUGACCAUCCUGUUCGUCCGCGGCGUGACCCUGGAAGGAGCCUUCACAGGCAUCAUGUACUACCUGACCCCACAGUGGGACAAGAUUCUGGAGGCCAAGGUGUGGGGGGACGCUGCCUCCCAGAUCUUCUACUCCCUGGGCUGCGCGUGGGGAGGCCUCAUCACCAUGGCUUCCUACAACAAGUUCCACAACAACUGCUACCGGGAUAGCGUCAUCAUCAGCAUCACUAACUGUGCCACCAGCGUCUAUGCUGGCUUUGUCAUCUUCUCCAUCCUGGGCUUCAUGGCCAAUCACCUGGGUGUGGACGUGUCCCGUGUGGCAGACCAUGGCCCUGGCUUGGCCUUUGUGGCCUACCCAGAGGCCCUCACACUGCUGCCCAUCUCCCCGCUCUGGUCCCUGCUCUUCUUCUUCAUGCUCAUCUUGCUGGGGCUGGGCACUCAGUUCUGCCUCCUAGAGACGCUGGUGACAGCCAUUGUGGAUGAGGUGGGGAAUGAGUGGAUCCUGCAGAAAAAGACCUAUGUGACCUUGGGCGUGGCCGUGGCUGGCUUCCUGCUGGGCAUCCCCCUCACCAGCCAAGCAGGCAUCUACUGGCUGCUGCUAAUGGACAACUAUGCGGCCAGCUUCUCCUUGGUCGUCAUCUCCUGCAUCAUGUGUGUGUCCAUCAUGUACAUCUACGGGCACCAGAACUACUUUCAGGACAUCCAGAUGAUGCUGGGGUUCCCACCGCCCUUCUUCUUCCAGAUCUGCUGGCGCUUCGUCUCCCCAGCUAUUAUCUUCUUCAUUCUCAUCUUCACCGUGAUCCAGUACCGGCCAAUCACCUAUAACCACUACCAGUAUCCAGGCUGGGCAGUGGCCAUCGGCUUCCUCAUGGCGCUGUCCUCCGUCAUUUGCAUCCCACUCUACGCCCUGUUCCAGCUCUGCCGCACAGAUGGGGACACCCUCCUCCAGCGUUUGAAAAAUGCCACAAAGCCAAGUCGAGACUGGGGCCCCGCCCUUCUGGAGCACCGGACUGGGCGCUAUGCCCCCACCAUGCUGCCCUCCCCUGAAGACGGGCUGGAGGUCCAGCCACUGCACCCGGACAAGGCCCAGAUCCCCCUCGUGGGCAGUAACGGAAGCCGCCUGCAGGACUCCCGGAUAUGAGCACAGCUGCUGGGGAGUGCCCCAGCCCCACCUGUGCUCCCGCCACAGAGACUGGGGAGGCAGUGGACAGGUGUCACCGCCUGCCCCGCCAUGCCCUGCGCAGGGCGACUGCUGUCACCUUGGCCACCACUGCUAGGGCGGUCAUUUGUGCUCGUGUCCCCAGUGUUUACAGGUCCUUUGGAUGCCAAGAUGGAAGCUGGGCCGGGAGAGGGAGAAGGCAGGGUUGCUGGUUGGGGGCUAAAGCACUUUGAAGGGGUCUCGGGCCAGGUCCCCAGAGGCCUGCCGUGCUUUAUGUGGCCUCUGACGCCCCCACACUCUGCCCUGAGCUGAGUCUCUGGGUGGGCCCCUGCCUGUCCCUGUCCUUGGGCCACCAGCCUCCUGACCAGUGUUCCUGCCCUCAGAGCAGAUCCCAGCCUCUGCCCGGGCAAAUUUGGGUCUUCCGACCUGGGGGCAGAGUGAGGGGCUGGGGCUGUGCAGUGUUACUCGUCAGGCUGUGCCACCCAGCCCUGUUUGUCUGUGUCAUUAUUUUUGUAAAAACUGUCUUAUCUGUGGUUGCCACUCCCUUGCCCCAGGCCUCAGGCCCCAUCUGUCUUCCAGGCCUGCCUGCACCUCACUCAGCUGCUCUGGGGUUUCCGAGCCUCACUGCAGCCCUGGCUGCCAGGCCUAGUGAGCAGAGGCCCGUGACUCAGCAGCCUGCCCAAAGCACUAGUUCCUGGGGGCCCGGGGGUGGAGUGCUGCUCAGCAGGAGGUUUGAGCUCAGAGCCCAGGGGAAGGGACCCUACAUGACACCCCCUUGCCCUCCCGCCACCAGGCUAAAGGCCCAGUCUUCCCAAAUUGGGCUCCCCUUGAUCAUGUGCCAAAUGGCUCCAGCCCGUGUGCACCAUCCCCUCUCUGGAGCCAGAUCUCCUUUCCCCAAGCCCUGCAGUGUCCAUUUGUCCAUCCUCCAUGUCCCUCUGUGCAGUGACAGCCCCGGAAGAGCCGCCUCUAAUUCUCUGUAGCAAUAACGGUGCGCCACCCACCCCUGUCCAUCCGUGCACCACUAGGAUUUUAAAGUCCAUAGAUUUUAAUGAAAUUUCUAUUCCUGUCUCUGA